GGGAUGACUCCAGCAGAGUACCCCAUUCCUUUGAAGAACUCAGAGGAAGAUGUCAGCCCAGUCUCUUCCUGCAGCAACACCCCCUACCCAGAAGCCCCCUCGGAUCAUCCGUCCCCGCCCCCCUUCUCGACCCAGGGCUGCUCAGUUCCCAGGGCCUCCCCACAAUGGCUCCUCUCCACAAGAACUUCCCCAAACCGUCAAUGAUGCUCCAACCCUGAUGUGCACCCCUAUCUUCUGGGAGCCUCCAGCUGCAUCCCUCAAGUCCCCUGCCCUUCUGCCCCCAUCAGCUUCUAGAACCAGCCUCGACUCUCAGACUUUCCCAGACUCAGCUUCCGGCACCCCUAGUCCAGUGUCCCGGCGCUCUAUCUCCCCAGAACCUGCUCCUCGGUCUCCAGUGCCCCCACCCAAGCCCUCUGGGUCACCUCACACACCUCUACCCCUGCUCCCCACGGCUCGGGACCUGGUGAAAGAUGGCUCUGCCUCAGCCCCUGGCACUGUGCGGAGGCUGGCUGGCAGGUUUGAAUGGGGGGCUGAAGGCAGGGCCCAAGCAGCAGAAGCUCUGGAGCCAGGUCCCCAAGGGGGAGCCAAUGUGAAUGGAGAAAGAGAGGUUCCCCUCACUGGGAGUGGAUCCCAGGAGAACGGUGCUCCAGAUGCUGUUCUGGCUUGUCCUCCCUGCUGCCCCUGUGUCUGCCACGCAGCCCGGCCAGGCCUGGAGCUUCGAUGGGUACCUGUGGGAGUCAAGGAGGAAGGCUCCAGGGCUCCCUGCCGGGCCUCACCACUGCGGACCUCCCGCUCCCGGCCCAAUCCUCCAAGCAUCAGUCAUCCCCCAGUUGUCCUCACAUCCUAUCGCUCCACUGCCGAGCACAAUGUCCUGCCUCCCCUCAAGCCUCCAAAACCAUCUCGUGUCAGACAGGACACUACCAUCUCUGGAGACCCUCCACAGCCAGAUCUCGAUCUGCCUUCUGAAGAUGGAAUCCCAACAGGAGAUAGUCCUGAUGAAACUCCACAGAAUGUUCCUCCAGCAACCAUGGAGGGAAGAGAUGAGGAGGGGCUAGAGGGACUAAAGGAGCAGAAUUGGGAGCUGCCCCUGCAGGAUGAACCUCUGUACCAGACCUACCGAGCAGCCGUGCUGUCAGAAGAGCUGUGGGGGGUUGGUGAGGAUGGGGGUCCCUCUCCAGCAAGUGCUGGAGAAGCUCCCACCUUUGCAAGGCCCCCGGGACCUCGAAACACCCUGUGGCAGGAGCUUCCUGCAGUGCGGGCCAGUGGUCUCCUGGAUACCCUCAGCUCCCACGAGAGGCGCAUGCAGGAGAGCCUAUUUGAGGUGGUGACAUCCGAGGCCUCUUACUUGCGUUCCCUGCGGCUGCUGACCGACACCUUCGUGCUGAGCCAGCCUCUCAGGGACACGCUCACCCCCCGGGAUCACCACACACUCUUCUCCAAUGUGCAGCGAGUCCAGGGAGUCAGUGAGCGGUUCCUGGGGGCAUUACUGUCUCGUGUGCGCUCUUCCCCCCACAUCAGUGACCUGUGUGAUGUGGUACACACCCACGCGGUGGGCCCUUUCUCAGUGUAUGUGGAUUAUGUGCGGAACCAGCAGUAUCAGGAAGAGACCUACAGCCGCCUUAUGGACACGAACAUGCGCUUCUCCGCUGAGCUGAGGCGGCUACAGAGCCUCCCCAAGUGUGAGCGGCUCCCGCUGCCAUCCUUCCUGCUACUGCCCUUUCAGCGCAUCACCAGGCUCCGCAUGCUGCUGCAGAAUAUCCUGCGUCAGACAGAGGAGGGGUCCAGCCGCCAAGAGAAUGCCCAGAAGGCCCUGGGUGCUGUCAGCAAGAUCAUUGAGCGCUGCAGCGCAGAGGUGGGGCGCAUGAAGCAGACAGAAGAGCUGAUUCGGCUCACCCAAAGGCUGCGCUUCCACAAAGUCAAGGCCCUGCCCCUGGUCUCCUGGUCACGGCGCCUGGAGUUGCAGGGGGAGCUGACCGAGUUAGGGUGUCGGAGGGGGGGCGUACUCUUCACCUCGCGCCCCCGCUUCACCCCCCUCUGCCUGCUGCUUUUUAGCGACCUGCUGCUCAUCGCUCAGCCCAAGAGUGGGCAGCGGCUACAGGUUCUGGACUAUGCCCAUCGCUCCCUGGUCCAGGCCCAGCAGGUUCCGGACCCAUCUGGACCCCCGACCUUCCGCCUCUCCCUUCUCAGCAAUCACCAGGGCCGCCCCACUCACCGGCUACUUCAAGCUUCAUCCCUAUCAGACAUGCAGCGCUGGCUAGGAGCUUUUCCAACCCCUGGUCCUCUUCCCUGCUCCCCAGACACCAUCUAUGAGGACUGUGACUGUUCCCAGGAACUGUGUUCAGAGCUGUCUACACCUUCCAAGACUGAGGGACAGAGUCUGGAGUCCAGGGCUGCCCCCAAGCAUCUGCACAAGAGCCCAGAAGGUUGGCUGAAGGGGCUUCCUGGGGCCUUCCCUGCCCAGUUGGUUUGUGAAGUCACAGGGGAACACGAGAGAAGGAAGCACCUUCGCAAGCACCAGAGGCUUCUUGAGGCUGCUGGCCCCUCUUCGGGCAUCCCCAGUGCCCCCCCACCUUAAUGCAGGAUAGGCAGGGGGCACAUCUGGGAGACACCUAGCAGUGUGGCACCCAUGGAGAGGACAAAGCUCAUGCCUCCAUUGGAUUCACUGUCAGUGGAAAUGCUACCUCUAGUGGCAACCAAUAGAGGCCAAUCUUCUGGACAGGCAGCCAAUGAAACAGGGCAGUCUGAGCCUGCAGUGAUAAGAAAAGAGGACGGGCUUGGCGCCUGUGGCUCAAGUGGCUAAGGCGCCAGCCACAUACACCUAAGGUGGCGGGUUCGA